GGCAUUUAUCAGAAGACGACGGAAAUGCCCCAGCUGCAAACGCAGAAGCGGCGUCCAGUUGCGCAGGCUCCCGGAUUCUUAGAGCACGCCGCUGGGGGCGGAGCUUGUCUGCGUCCUCGCGCCUUCUGCUGGUGGCGGGAAAAGUAGAACGAGAUCGCUCGCGCUGCUCCCCGCCUUUAGGUCCUCCUCACCCUAGAAGGUAGCUGACUUUUCUUUGAUUGAAGGUGCUAGGUGUGGCCAAUCCUGGUACCUGUUUCGGAAGGAGAAACUUUCUCUUCAGGGUGACACCCAGCUCUUUCCUCUCAGAACCUCUAACCAACUCACCACCACAAACACAGCCCAGUAUCGGAGGGGUGCUAAGGAAAGGUACCCCAGGGCGAGUUGUUGGUGGGGAAGAGAGGCUAAGGAGCGGCCAUUUUACCCUCAGAGGAGUGCUGGGGAUUGAACCUAAGGCCUCAAAUGUGCCUGACAAGUGCUUUGCCUCUGAGAUAAACUCCCAGACUUGACUCUCCUUUUUUUUGAGUUUUAGUAUUGUGGAAAGAGAAAAUUAAUUUGAAACAUGGAGCAGUAGCUCUAAUUAACAGAAGUGAAAUCCUGGAUAUCUCUUCUCUAUUCAUCAGGGAAAGGCAAAGUGUCAUUUCUGAGCUGAAUGAUGGCAACACUACAGAAGAAAGAAGAAUGUGGAAAGGGACCAAAGAAAACCUUUGCCCCACCUACACAAAAAUUGCAUAGCAUGAUACCUUGUAGCCCUGAUUCACCCAAGGAGACUCUGGAAAUUGGUUCCCCAGAGGCUGAGGUCAAGCCAAACCAACCAAAGCCCAGACUAGGGAAGAGGGAGAAGAAGGCAGCCAUAGAGAAUGGUCCAAGUCUUGGACGGAAGAAAAGAAAGGCUCAAGACAAUAAGUCAGCAGAGAAGAAUGAAAAGGAAAAAUUAAUUCUUACCAAUGCAGAAUUUGAGGAGAUUGUCCAGAUUGUGCUACGCAAGUCCCUCAAGGAGUGCUUGGGGAUGGGAUCUGGCCUUAAUUUUGCAGAGACUUCCUGCGUAAACCCUACAGUGUGUAUCCACUCAGACAAAGAAGUAGGAAUUGCUGCUUCUGCUGCUACUGAUAAUGAUAAUGCCAGUGGGGAGAGAGUAAUGGUACCUCAGGUGCCAGAGAUUUCAGCUUCUCUGGAAGAUGAAGUUACCCCUGAGAUAAGGCCAUCUGAGCCAGGCCAGGCAAUUCUUGCACCCUCUGAGAAGAAACUUAAUAGACUCUACUUAAGCAAAAGAAAGAAGGAAGCUCGUCCUUGUAUAGUCUGGGUUCAGUGUUCCUCUCCAAACUGUAAAAAAUGGAGGCAGCUGUGUAAGAAUAUGGACCCCUCAGUUCUCCCAGACAAUUGGUUCUGUCACCAGAAUACAGACUUGAAUUAUAAUUGCUGUGAUAUUCCUGAGGAGACCUGGACAGGGCGUGAGAGUGAAGUGGUCUAUGCCUCCUAUGUCCCAGGAUCCAUCGUCUGGGCCAAGCAAUAUGGUUACCCCUGGUGGCCAGGCAUGAUAGAAUCUGAUCCUGACCUGGGGGAAUAUUUUCUUUUUGCUUCUCAUCUUGAUUCUAUGCCGUCUAAGUACCAUGUGACAUUUUUUGGAAAAACAGUUUCUCGUGCUUGGAUUCCAGUGAACAUGCUAAAGAAUUUCCAAGAGCUAUUCCUGGAGCAAACAGGAGUGAAAAAGUGCAGGAACAAGGACUACAUCCAGAAACUAGAAGUAGCCAUAAUAAUGGCUCACAAAGCACAGCAGACUGGCAUUCAGGACCGGGUUAACUUGUUUGGUUUCUGGAGCCGAUACUGUGGAUCUGACAGCAAUGAAGAAAGAAGAGACUUAACACUGCCUGGGGCUAACAGCCCCAAGUCCUACAUGGAGAAAGAAGAGGAGGAAGAGUUAGAGAAGGAAGAGAAAGAGAAAAAAAAUCCAACUUUGCCUGGUCCCAAGUCAGCUAAGAUAAAGACUAAAAACCCCAAGCUAAGAGGGCAUGGAGGUGAUGCAGACAUGGCAGAUGGACAAGACAAGAUCCUGAAAAAGAAGGUAACCAAGAGACGUCUGGACAGUGAAUCCACAGUGCCCACUGUACCCGUAAUGGAAAUGAAAGAAGGGGAACGGAAUCCAGAUCUGGACCAGCCAGGACCUAAGAAAAAAUUUCAAGUUCCCCAAAGCAAGACCUCAGUCGUCAUCCUGUCUGAAGAAAAAGAAGUUAGAAUUGUGCCAAAGGGCCUCACCCCACCAGCUCAUCAUGAGGCCUCUCCUUUGGAGAGGAAAGAAAAGUCUAGACCGCAAGAGCCACUGAUUCUGGAAACUGGAAGUGUCUGCCUUGAAGAUGAAGCAUCCACUGACCUGGACCUGGAGCAAAUCAUGGAAGAUCUUGGAAGAAAGUCAGAAGGAAGAGGGGAGCUGUGAGACUGAGAUGAUGCAGGGGCAUUCUCCAUGGCCUUUUUUGAUAAAUAAUGGUGUUCUCCUGUCCUCCUCUCGUUCUCUUUAAAGUAACAGGAAGAGCCUUUCAGUUCAGUCCCUGAGACGUUCCUAAGUGUUUGGAUUAUUAAUUGGCUACAAGGUUCAAGAGCUCUGCAGUCUACGUCAAUAAAGUGGGUGCAUGCGUGUUUA